CAUAAUAUCUGAGGAUCUCACAUUCAUUAAAUGAAUUUUACCCUUAAACACCCCCACUGAGUUCAUAGAAUCAUAGAAUAUCAGGGUUGGAAGGGACCUCAGGAGGUCAUCUAGUCCAACCCCCUGCUCAAAGCAGGGUUGGGAAGUAUUGCCCCCAUUUUACAGAUGGGAAAACUGACAUGUAGAGUAUAUUAAGCAACUUGCCCAAGAUCACACAGGAAGUCUGUGGCUGAGGCAGGAAUUGCACCCAGGUCUCCUUGGUCCCCGUCCAGUAUCAUAUCCACAAGAUAGUCCUUCCUUGCUUGCCUGUGCUUUAAUUGCAUUUUAACAGCAUAUAUGGUAUAAUUUUCUAAACAUCUAAGUCCCAUUUUCCUAAGUGACUGAGGCACUCUUGAAAAUUGGAUUUAGUCUCCUUGGUAGCAUAGCUGGUUUUGAAAGUUUUAUCCAUAGUGGCUAAGCAAUUCUAUGUUCCGAUAAAAUGUAAGUGCCAAGUUACUAGAUGGAGAAGUUAUUUACCUAGCUCAAAACACAGGUAAAUAAAUAGAGGUAAGGAAACUAGCAACUUUUUUGCACUGGGACACAGAAGAGUCUUGUAGCUAACCAUACAACAGAUUGAUAGUCUUAAAAAAAAAAGCAAUACAGGAUCACUUUUUGCACCCUGUAUAAACACUAGAGCUGGUCUGGGAAAUGGGGUUUCCAUUUUGCGGGAAAUUCCAACAUUUCAAAAAUUCAUCCUGAAUUGGACUGAAAAGUUGAAAUUUUCCACAGAAUAGAAAUUCCAAAAACAUUCAGUUCAAACACCAUUAUUGUUUCAAGAAUGCCAAAAAAAUAUAGUAAGUCAGAAUGAAACAAAAUAGUUUAAGCAAAAUUGACAUUAUCAAAAACUGAGAAAGUUAAGAUGAAUCCAAAGUUCUCCCCUAAAAAAAUCCUCAAAAUUGACAUGAAAAGUUUCAGUUUCAACAAAAUUGCAUUUUCUAUUCCACUGAAAACUUUGACCAGCUCUAGUAGGUCACAUAACUGGGCAAAGUGGGUGUAUUUAUAUGUAUGUAUGUUCUGGUUUGGUGGUGUGUUGCACCCACUUUAAACAUGUGCUAAGCAACAGAGAAUCAAGAUGAGAGCAUCACAUGCCAUCAUUUGGUGAAUUGGGGGCCAGACUCUCAGCUGAUCAAGCUGGUCUCAGCUAAUCAGCAUUGCUCCGUUGAGUUCAGUGGAGCAAAGGACCUAUGCCUAGGAGGAUAAGUAAGCACCUAAUGUUUAGCAUCAGACCCUAGAGUUAAUUAUUUAUUAGCCACUUAGUUUUGCAUGCUUCAGAAAAUGAUGGGCCUUAAAACCAUUUUGUUCAUUUCCUCUUUUCAGGAAAUGUUUGCUUCCUGUGUGUGUGAAUUUAAGGACUUGUGUCAGGAGCCCAAUUCAUGGCCUCAGAUUGAAGCUCUAUUGGUGCAGAAAACUGGUGUCUCCUAAGCAAUGGCAGCACAAGCUUCCCUCACCUUUCCUUUCCUUGUGAACUUCAGUCUUUCCCUGAAGGGUAGUUCAGUCACCAUGACCCAUUCAGUCUUUCGCAUCUCUGUUGAGAUGGCUUCAAAUUAGUGGCAGUUUCUCUGAUGCGGGUACUUAUUCAUUAGAAAUACUGACAAACUCCCUUAUCAUAAGUGACCAAACAGCCAUCACUUUCCCUCACUACUAACCUGGGGAGCAUUUGAACUGGUAUCACAAGAGUUAGGAUAUCCUAUUUCCCUCCCCUUCCCAAUCCCUGAUAUUUCUUGCUUUAAAUUAAUUAAUUUUAGACUGUGUCUUGAAUCAGUUUGUCUGGGGGAGAAGGUGCACACGGAAACAGAAUCAACUGUAAUUCCUACCUACACACACACACACACACACACACACACACACACACAAAAGGAAAGCUGUAUAUUGUGUCAGUGAAAUAUAAAGAACAAGGAUGUAUAAUGGCCUUAUGUACAAUCACUGCAAACUUGAUGCACGACCCUAUUUUGAAACCCCUGACUUAAUAUCUCCCAUUUAUAUUUUUCUGCAGAGGUGGGGCCCAAACCAGCACCCCAAAUUCAAAAACCCGACACACACUGUAGGAGUCCAGAUCCAAAUUUUACACCUAGCCCAUACUCCUAAAAUGGGCUGAACCAAAACUCCAGGUCUAGAAUGUCAGUACCCUGAAUGUUAGGAAAGUCCAGGGAGGGAUCUGAACUGUGCGUCUCAGGUCUACGUCUAAUUUUCUCAAGCACUGGGCUUUCCCUAACAGUAUUAGUUCAUAACUGAUGCAGCAAGCCCAGCGGUGCCGGGACUAUGAACUGCAGCUGUACGCUUAGGUUCUCAAAGGGGACAAAAGUCCAACCCGCCUGUUACACCAGACUGUUUAUAAAAGGCAGCAGACAUUGAAGACAAAUCCUCCAGAAUGGGAAGGACCCGGAUGGUGACCUGCUGGAUGGCUAUGCUCUUGCUGGUGCUAUGUAGCAAUAUCACCCUUUGUAGGAGGGGCUCCUCAAGUAAGAAAGCAAGCCAGAAUAAAAGUCCUCCCCCCGUUAAUAAGCCCAGCCCGCCAACCAAAAAAGAACCAGUGAAGAUUCCAGGAACACUCUGUUACACCGGCCAAUUGCUCGACAUCAAACUAGAGCCCGAAGAGGCCAAAUAUUACACCGACAACUUCAAAAAGUUCCCCGAUUGCAUUUAUUACCCUAGGUGCUUCCAGUCACUAGAGCCGAACGCAACUAAGGACACAUUGGUUAGUGAGUGCUUUAACGUUACGGUGAGUCUGACUGAAAACAAACUGGACUUACCUGAAGGAAAGAACGCCACCAGUGUGUACUCCAGGGUCAUGUGGCAAGUGAUAAGCCACUUGUGUGCAAUGGAAUUCUGCUGCCAACCAUGCAGCCUCGCUCUGUCGAUCCACGGUUCCUUUGGUUGGUUAGCAAUGCUUUGCCUCGGGAGUUUUAUUUCUCUUACCAUGCAAUGAACUUGCAGCAAAAGCCGUUGAUUUACUGGCAAAAAGGGAGUGCCUGUCAGUAACUAUUUACCUUUUAUGAUUUGUGUAUAUUAAGCUUCCAUAAUUCUUUUAUUUGUUAUUUUAACCAAAAUCCUUUGUGCAUAUAAACUCAAGCAUGAUUUAGCUAUUCUAUCAAACUAAUGUGCUUUGUUUUAAACUGGGUUAAUGUGUGUCCAAAUAAAGGAACAUGCUUAUCUUUUAACUCCUUUAACCUAGGCCACAGAGGGAUACUGGAUUCUAUGGUAAUAGACAUUCUUAUUAGUAAGUGUUAUAAUAAACAAGACUGGGUAAUAUACGGGGUGCGUAUGAUUGAUAAGAGACAUUUGUUAUUGCAGACUUUUCCUGUGAUGAAUGAAAUAAUGACCCAUUGAGAGAUGUUAACUCAUUAAGAAUUACCGGUUGCCACAGCUGUCAGUAAUAAUGACUGGAUUAUAAAUCCCCUUUAGUUUAUCAAUCAGGUAAAGUGAGAUAACCAUAAAAGAAAUCCCAUAAGUAAUGAGGUAAAAAUGAGAUAUUGAAAACAACAUAGAGCAAAAUGAUUGUGAGAAAGUAACUUUUCCCUCCCCACAAAGAUUUCUGUGUCUCACACCCUAUAAAAGAAAAGAGUUUUGGGGGGAUAAAUUGGGAAUGAAUACUGCCAGGAUUCCACUAAGUAAGGAAGAUGGGACUAAACUACCUUCUUCAUGUACAGGGGUGGUAAAGUAUGUUCUCUUUCUGUAUCCCGGAUAUUGCUGUAUUAAUCUUUAAUUAAAUAAUUCCAUUUGAGCCGGUUAUUCCAAUACUUUAAUAUUGUUGCAUGUUGGAAUUUAACAACAAUGCAAAGUGAAGGAAGCCAUGAGCUGGUUGCAAAGACACAGUCUUCACCUCUUCAGUUUGUGUAAUGCCGACAGACCCUGCUCGACGGCGGACAGAAUUGAACCGGGGAUCUCUGGAGCUUAGUGCAUGAGCCUCUAUUGCAUGAGCCAAAAGCCAACUGCCUGUUAACCAAGGCUGUAGAGCAAACUCAUUUUAUCUCUCCCUUUAAGUGGUCUCGGUGCCCCUAGAUGGGACAGAACACCACACCCAGAAGGUGCGUGGGUUACAUUUGCACAGUUGAAUGAUCAAGCUAUUCAGUAGACAGUGAUCUGUGUGCCCUAGCACUCCCUCAUUUCUUUGCUUUGCCAUUGCUAAUCAGCAUAUUUGAGACUCAUGGGAAACUCAGUAGUGGUAAUGAUAUUGAAUACUGGGGCGGAGCAAAGCAUAUUUGGAAGGGCAUUAUGGAGUAUAAAGAAGGCAGACUAUAAGGAAACCUACUGAGCAACCAAACUUCCUCCCACAUGUUGAGUCUGAACCGACAAGAUGCCCAGGUGCAAGAGAGUGGAUGGGGAUGGUAAAUGUGGCACCAAAUCCAGUGAUCCUGCUUUACAGAGGUUAUUAGAUGUUAAAAAGAAAGGCUGAUCUUUUGGAUUAACUAUAACGAAGGCAAAGAUUUUGUCAUGGUUAUUUGUAGCAAAAGUCACGGACAGGUCACAAGCAAUCAACAAAAAUUCACGGAAGCCAUGACUUGUCUGUGACUUUUGCUGCUGUGGCAAAAGCCUGCGGCAGCUGGAAGCUUCAGGGGGGCCCCCUCCGCCCACGGCAGCUGGGAGCUGCAGGGUGACCCCCAGCCGCUCGCCCCAGGUGUCCCCCUGAUCCCAUGUGAGGCUGUCUCCAGUCGCUGGAACCCUGCCAUGGCCCCGCUGGCUGCCAGCUCCAGAGUCCUGCAGCCCCUGGGGCUGAAGCAGAGAAUGUCAUGGAGGUCUCUGGAAGUCACGGAUUCCAUGACCUCCGUGACAUAAACGUAGCCUUAACUAUAACUUUGAGACUGUAAGCUAUUCAAGGUAGGGACUGUCUCCCACUGUGUCUGUAAGCACGUAACACAAUGGGGCCUCUUUCUCAACAGUUUAUCAAGUAGUUGUGUCCUAUUCCAAGAAGGAUAUAAACAUCUCACUCCCCUCAAAUAUGGAGGAAUUCACAUUCUACAUGGUCAUAACGUCACCCUGCUCAUGCAUCACUGAAAAUGGAGCUGCUCAGAGAUGGAUAGAACAUCAUGCACUUGGCUGCAGAGACAGUAAACGCUUUAGCGGUAGGCAGUCUAUUUCUUUGAUUGUAAAGAAUUCUAAAUGAAUGUUUAAUGGGACGAUAAUGGGUGGGGCACAAUGGUUUGUGCUUAGUUUGAAAUGAAGGAUUAAUGUGCCCAUUUAGAGGGCUAUGACCUUCUCACAUUAACGAGGUUACAUCACAGCUGACUCUGACAUAUUACAAGGAGGAGACGAUGCUGUCAGCUAAUUACAUUUUGCUACACCGCAUCGCUCCAACGGACUGUGACCUGCAGCAGAAACAACUCUGUCCCUGGAAUCAGCGGCACCCAGACUGUCUCUGCAAUUGCAUCAUUAUUAUCCAAAUUAAGAGCAGAGUGAGAUCUAGGACCAGGUCCUCAGCGGGUGUAAAUCAGCAAAGCUCCGCUGCUGAUUUAAAACACACAAUUUUCUAUCAAACAUUUUUUAAAAAUACGAAAAACAGGUGAGUGACCAUUCAACUAAGAACAAAAAUUUAUCAGAAAAAUGCAUUGGGUAUUUUGUGUUACAACCCCCCUCAAAAAAAAAAAAAAAAAAAAAAAAAA